AUGGCUAAAGAAAAGGUCGAUGUUGAAAAGAAGACGGUUGAAAAGCGGCAACUUCCCAAGGCAGAGAUGCCCAUGAAGGAUGCCGGUGAACAAAAGCCGAAGAAACGUCGCUGGCCGGCAAAGGUAAAAGGUUCCGGUUUGAUUUUCAUCAAGCACCUUCCGAGAGGUUUCCACGAGGAAGAGAUGCGUGAGUUCUUCAGCCAGUUUGGCGAUAUAGUGCGAGUGUGUGUAGCACGGUCGAAGAAAACAAUGCAAAGCAAAGGGUAUGGUUAUGUGCACUUUCGCUUCCACGAGGUGGCCGAAAUUGCAGCGAGCGCUAUCAACAACUACAUGAUGUUCGGACGUGUACUGAAAGCGAACGCACUACCCAAAAAAAUGACCAAAGUGCCACGUAAUUUUGGACGUGCGUAUGAUUCGAAGGGCGAACAAACGGCCGCUUACCGGAGUUGGAUUAACAGCCGAGUGAGGAAUGCAAAUAGCUACCUCGGCCCGCAGACACAGCUCGAUCGGGUUUCGAAACAGAUGAAACGUUUGAAGCGUGCCGAGAAGGAACUGCACGAAGCCGGCAUCGAGUUACCGGAGACGAAAAGUUCAAUGUCCAAAAUGCAGGAAAAAACAAACGAGCUAAACCAGCAGGUUAAGGAGAAUCUGGCUAAAAGAGCAGCUGCAAUCGAAGCAACGGAAAAGCCCGUUGAGCAGGAGGUAAUGGACGACAACGACGACGACGAUGAUGAUGAGGAUGAAGAAACUGCUUUCAGUAUGUUGGAACCAUCCGAUUUUACGGAAACGGAAUCCGCCGUAAAUGAAAAGGAAGAAACGGAAUCCUCCAAGACAGAAGCAGUAAAAAAAGCGCAAGAGAAAAGCAAAGAAUUCGGGCUAUCGAAAAGCAAAUCUGCCAAACCAAUUACUACCAGCAACAAGGAAAACAAGAAAGCUUUACCGGCAAAAAAGCAACCUAAAACAGCAAAGCUAGCACUGGACAAGAAGAAACAAAGUGAAGCGAGUGACGUACCUUCAUUGAAAGUAAAGGGAAAGCUAACCGCUAAAGACGCCAAGCCCGCUAAAUUAGCUAAAAAGAAGAAGUAA